UACAUCAGUCAUGGCUUAGUAGCGGGUCCGUACAGUCGUCAUGUCGGGGACGGGACCCGUCCUCCCCCGGCCCAGGCGGACCCCGGCGUGGCGGUGUCCGGGUACAGCCGGGACGAACUCAACCCCUCGGACGGAGACACCGGGGCGUGGAAGGACAGGGGCUGUGCUUGGGUCGUCUGUGGUGCCGCCUUCCUCAUCAACUUCUUCAUGGUCGGCACGCACCAGUCUUACGGAGUCUUGUUUCCUGCUUUCUUGGAAGAAUUUGAGGCAAGUCGAGCAAGUGCAGCUUGGGCCGGCUCGCUGGCCUACGGUCUACUGCUUCUUGGCGGCCCCUUCGCAGGCUCUAUGUGCAAGACCUACGGGCCCCGCAAGGUGGCGAUGGCGGGCAGUGUUCUCUGCUUCCUCGGUCUGCUUCUCACGUCUAUCGUGGAGGCUUUUCCGGUCAUCUUCUUCACGUACGGAAUUCUGUUUGGCCUCGGGUCGAGUCUGGCGUACAGCCCGGGCAACAUCGUCAUCACCUGGUACUUCGAAAAACACCGCACGCUGGCCACGGGAAUUGCAGCCGCUGGGGGGAGCUUCGGCAACGUGGCGCUGACACCGCUGCUGAAGGCUAUGGUGGACAGUCUGGGCUGGAGGGGCGCCAUCAGAUAUUUCCUUAUCUGGCAGGUAGUUGUAGGGAUCGCCGCCCUGGCAUACCGCCCCCUCCCGCCAGGAGCGCAGCCCACCCAGCUGCAGACCUUCAAGACUUCUCCCGCCAAGAACUACGUGCUGGACCUGUCUCUCUGGAGAAACGAGGUCUUCGUAGUCUGGACCGCCGCCAUCUCACUCACCAUGUACGGAUACUUCAUCCCUUAUGUCCAUCUGCCGAGUUACGCCGCAGACGUGGGCGUGUCUGACGGGCCGAUGCUGGUGCUGCUGCUGGGCGCGGCGUCGGCGGGGAGCCGCCUGCUGCUCGGCCCGGUACUGCAGCUCCUGGUGCAGCUGAACCGCCUCCACAUUCAGACCUUCAGCAUGAUCGUCACGGCCGUGGUCACGCUGGUGUUACCCGCUUGCAGCACGUACGGCGGGCUGGUGACGUGUUCCAUACUGCUGGGUUUGUUUGACGGCUGUUUCGUCACCCUGCUGCCCAUCCUGACGGUCGAUCUGGUGGGCGUGGAGAACAUGUCGCUAGCCUGGGGCUUCACGUUAGGGUCCUGCUCGGUGUCAAUCAUCUUGGGCCCGCCCACCGCUGGUUGGAUCCGUUCUUCCGCGCAGUCGUACCACCCUGCCUUCUACGUGGCCGGGACCAUCGUGAUGUUAGGCGGCCUGCUGCUGUUCGCCAUCCCCUGGGCCAAACGCCGCAACACGCUGCGCAACACCGACACGACAUCGCUAUCUGUGCAGUUCUCCGGCAUAAACAUCAGCCCUGGCACAGACCCGGCGAGUCAGGGCGCCGAGGAACGAACCGCAACCAUGCCGAAAACGUCCAGCCAAGAGUGCGCGUGCGCCGUACCUCUGUCCGCAUCCAGGUCGAUCGUAGAUGCAAGUGUCCUCGAUUACGUCAUGAAGUUAGAAGAAGCCCACAUUUACGCCGAGGAGUACUCUAAGAUGGGAAGCCAGGCUUACGAGAUGCAAACCGUCACACCAAGUGAAGACAUGGCGAUCUUUGAGCGGAGGGAGGCUGCCGCAUCGAUGGAUGUGCCUCUUGACGUCACGAAACAGACGUUAGAAGCGUCUGAGGGCGUGAACAGUAAGGUUGACGUCAGUGAUACGACAGGGUUUCCAACAUCGUUGGACGUUACCCAUGCAUUUGGUGACGCUGAAUCAGACACGUUCCCACAACAACAGCCCAACGUCGCCUUUUCCUCCCAGUACUCUCCUUCUGCAAGUACGACGACAUCACUCUGCGCUGAUGGUCGGCUCUCUCCGGCGUUUUCCACCGGUAACCCGUUCAUAGAAGAGCCUGGGCAACUGCAGGCAGAGCCAGUUCUUCUGCCAAUCGGCAUCCCUCCCCCUGCAGCCAAGCCAGCGGCCAAUUCCUUCUCUACACCUGCCACCACCGACAUUCUCAUCGACAUGUCACCAUAUACUACUGCGGAUGUAGCAGGUAGUCCUGCCAUAGACUCUCCGUCCACAAACACCGAGGCACCAGUGGUCGUGAUGCCAGAUACACCUAUUGUCUUCGGAGACACUGAUCAUCACCUGAAUCCCAUUCGAAUGAUCAAAAGCGAAUGUUACGCUAAGGAGAUGCCAGACAUCAAACCUCGUAGUCGACGAUCAUCGGAGAGCAGCGCAUCGGACCUGCCUGUACAGCCUCAGGCUCAGCCAGGUCCGGCGGUCCUGCCGCCGCCACCGCGCGCUCACCGCCUGUCGGAGGGAGUCGGUUCUUUCUCCACCAUGGAGGACCCGCCGAACGUGCCUGUAGAGGCGCCGCCUUGCCCCAUCUCAGAGAUACCCGCCACCAUUUUACUGAUACUUUCCGCGGUGGUUCCUCUGCUGGGAUUGGUGUUUAUUCUGUAUCCUGUCUUCAGCCAGAGCGGCGGCCGCGAGCGCCAGCAGAGGGGAAGCGUUGGACAUCAUCGACAUCCGGAGGCUGACAGUGGGCCAGUCCAAAUUGCCGUGAGUGAGGCGCAUGGAACGGAGGUAUGGAAAAGCCCUUUGCAGACUUAUAGCAGCACUGCGCCGUCUACAAAUCUACCGAGUGAGAUAGAACAAAUGCAUGACGUAGUCUGCGUGCAUGUACCAGACGUGGUCCCCAAACCGGAAGAUGCCGUGAAAGAAUAAAGACUUGAUGAUCGAUACGACCAUGGCCAGGGAUGCAGAAAGAAGAUCGACUCCAAGCUUCAAGACUCUCUUCUUCAACGUGUGAAUAACGGAUAAUCGAUUAUCAAGAAGGCAUCUCAUCG